AUGGCGAAAUUAAAAAACUUGGAACUCAACGGCAAAUCUGUUCAAGGGAAGACAGCCAUUUGUAUCGGUGCGAACGCAGGACUCGGUUUCGCUAAAUGCGAAUGGCUCGUGGAGAAUAAUAUUGGCAGACUAGUAAUGGGAUGCCGGUCCCUUGAUAAAGCAGAGAAAGCAAAGUCUGAGAUUGAGAAGAAGAAUACGGGCGACACUGAAAUCAUUAUCAUCAAAAUAGACCUUUCUUCACUCGAAUCCAUAAAGUCAUUUGGCGAUCAGUGGUCUGAUCAAGAUCCCAGCUGCAGAAAGUGUGAUUUACUUUUCUGUAACGCUGGUCUGAUCGUUCCGAAUGCGGAUAUGUCAACGACUGAGGAUAAUUUUGAAAUGACGUAUCAGUGCAACGCUCUUGGACACCUCGCACUCAUCGAGCAUCUUCUGCCAGCUCUCUCAGAGUCAGACGAUCCACGUAUCAUCGUCACUUCAUCAAACGGUGCAAAACUCACUGACAUUCCUAACGCUCCCUCCGAGAAUCCCCGCACUCCGCUGCGUGAUGUGCGGAAAUACAAAAAUUAUGCUCUUAACUCUUUCGCGCUGUACAGUGAUUCAAAGAAGCUCAUCACCAUCCUUUGUCGAGAACUUCAAACCAGUCUCGACAACCACCCUAAUGUCAAAUACAGGAAGAUUUUUGUCGCCAACUACCACCCUGGGUUCGUCAAGACGACCAUCUCAAACAAGGAAGAAUACAAAGCUCUCAAAGUCUUCAGCGUUCCUGUGAACAUGCUCGUCAACACCUUCGCCAUCUCGGCACCAGAAGGUGCGAAGACGGCUCUAUUCCUCGCUACUUGUUCAUUGCAGGGUAAGCCACGCGGAGCUUUCUGGAACGAAAAGACUCAGCCUCAGUCUGUCGGCAAGCAGGCUGAAGAUACCAAGCUGAGAAGAGCUUACUGGGAUAGAUGUGUGAAGGAUGCCGGUGUAAAUCCUGAAUCUUUCCCUCUCCCACCCCUAUAG